AUGGCCGUCACAGAUGCACCGGCUCCCAAUCCAAAUGACAAUGUGUCGCGUUUAGUAUACAUCCCUUCUGCCAUAUUCGUGGUAAUAUGUCCCAUCGUCGUUGCGUUGCGCGUCUGGGCCCGACUGAGGAGUGGCAAGAUGGGCCCUGACGAUUGGACUGCCAUUGCAGCCUUGAUAUUUGCACUUCUGACUAGCGGAUUUCUGGUCGCCUCUUGCCAUUAUGGAAUGGGCCGCCAUUUCGUAUAUAUAGAAGCACACAAUAAAUAUGAAACUCUCAAAGAGGGCGAUCAGUACCUGUACAUGUCCCAAGUCACCUACAAGGCAGCCAUUAAUCUCAGCAAAUGCUCCAUUCUGCUGCUGUAUCUACGUCUAUUCAAGAUUUGCAGCCCCGUUGUCAAAGCAUUCAACAAGACUCUACCGGGAACUUGCAUCGACCUUGCUACGUUCUGGUUCGCAAACGCCGGCUUUUCGAUUGCUACCGAUAUUAUAAUCUUGUUGCUUCCUAUGCCUCUGGUCUAUCAACUAGAGGUUCCUCGGGCUCAGAAAAUCGCUCUAAUGGCUGUCUUUGCCGUUGGCAUCUUCGUCGUGGUUACUUCAUGCCUCCGAGUCGCAACACUUGAUGUGUUCGCUACUUCUCCCGACAAUACAUAUGAUAUCGCGAACGUGAUGUGGACUAUCAUCGAGCCCAAUGUGGCUAUCAUUUGUGCAAGCUUGCCAAUUCUACGCCCGUUGGUUGUCAAACUCUUCCCGGCUCUGAGGAGUAAAAGCUCGGCCAACAGGUACGGGUCUUCGGGCUACGCGGAACAGUCAAAACGAACAAGAAGAAGAAGCGAAGAGAAUAUCUUACCCCUUGGGUCGAAUGAGAAUGGUGCUGGAAUUCAGAAGACGGUGGAGUAUACUAUUCACUACUCAGAGAAGAGAUAG